AGAUUUUGAUCGAAAUCUGUGGAUACCUUCAUCCAGUCGAUUUAUAUUCUUUGGCAUCUGUUUGUAAGCGAUAUAGAAACUUGUUAUGGUCAAGAUGUUCAACCACUACGCAAGAAAUCUGGAAAAAUUCUAGAUUAAAAUAUGUUCCAAAUCUCUCGAUGACACCUCCUGCGGAAAUGUCAGAACAAGAAUAUAUUUGGUUGAUGUUGAUAUUAAAAAAAUGUAUGUUUUGUGAAGAGAGAAAUAAGUUUGAGUUAGCAAUGUAUUGGGAAUUCAGAAUGUAUUGCUGUCAAAAGUGUUUGGAUAAUAGAACUGUUAGCCGUUAUACUCUGCUUAAUGAAUGGAAUGUUCAUGAUUUUCUUUUAUCAUGCUUCACACAACUUCAGCGCAGUUCUAAUCCACGAGAUCCACCUUUGUAUUUAAUCGAAGAUGUUAAAGCUACGCUUAAUAAUUAUAAUCGAUUAUCAAAAGAUGAGAAACCUCAAUGGAUUAAAAACCAAGAAAAGAAUAUUUCGAGACUUCAAUCAGAAAAUGAACAAUAUAACCAUAUACAUGAUCUUACAAGAUAUGACCAUACCGAAAGACUGGAAAGGUUAUUGAAAAAACUACAUGAGUUUUAUACAUGGCCUAAACAUAGGUCAAUGUAG